GGCAGGUGUGUCAUUCAUAUGUUUUGAUUUUUUACAUAAAUAGUACGUUAUAAAAAUAUCAAAUGUUUAUUAAUAUUUAUAACAAAAAAAAUAGUAAAUGCAACAGUGACCGUGUGACUGUGUGAUGUGUAUGUGACGCAGUUGCAGCAGUGGUGUGUGUGGCGCAGAAUAUGAUAGAUGGUAGUGGAGGGACGCGGGUGCUGUAAAAUGCCUUGCGAAAGCUGCGCCGUACAGUUCAGCAUGUUCAAGCGUAAGCGAGCAUGCAGCGAAUGCGAGAGGUUCUACUGCAGCAGCUGCUUGCGGCGAGGCGGCGGCGCCAUGUGCGCUCCCUGCCGGGUGCUGUCCACCCGUCCGCUCACCAAACAGGCUAUAUCCCAUUUGAAAGUGCGCGACGUACAGUGCUUCUUACAGCGACAGAAUGUCUCCACCAGGGGCUGCGUUGAAAAGGAGGAGUUGCUGAACUUGUGUGUGUCACACGUAAACAGCACUGCAUACAGACGCCGGGGCUCGCGCACUGGUUCCAGCCCCUUCAGCUCACUGAAAGGAUUCACAAGCAACAUCAAUGACUUCAUCAACUCUGCUUUUGACAUGCGCAACAACCCACAGCCACCACAGCCCGCCGCUAGAGGAUGUGCCAGUAAUUGCUUCAACUCUGCUCAUGUCCACAAUAACAUAAGUGGUGAAGUUCCUUCUAACCGUCAGAGGCCACAAGGAGAACGAUUUACAACUACACCAGGUGGAGAGCCCGACAUUUGUGUACCUGUCCCGGAGUCGUCAGUGUCCCGCAGCGUGUCCGCGGAGAGCGCGCGCGUUGACACUGCCGACUGUUUUGAAAUCGAAGACCUGGAUGACACUGGCUGGGAGUUUGUCAACCGACCUGCUGAUCCCUUGCCAAACGACUCGGAAGUGUUGCUGAGUACGUCGGCCAGCUUCCAGCGUCGCGCUAGUGCGGGAGAGCGGGAAGCGGACCGGCCGCCCGAGCAUGCUACCGAGCGCAGGACGGAACGGGGUACGGAGCGGCCAGCCGGCCGGGCGGCGGAGCGAAGUACGGAGCGAGAGGAGCGAGAGGAGCGGGAGGAGCGAGUGGUGGAGCGCGCCGCGUCGGAGCUGGAGCUGCGGUCGCCGGCGGCGCGCUCGCACGACUCCGUCAGUCUGCACGACGCGCCGCUCCUCGACCGGGAGGAGCACAGCGACCACGGUACACCUAAACACAUUAGUUUAGAACAAUUCAAGCGGCCGUCGGACCUGGACGUGCUGAACGUGAAGCAGCUGAAGGAGCUGCUGGUGCGGAACCGCGUGGAGUACAGGGGCUGCCUCGAGAGGAAGGACCUGCUGGAGCGCGCCAAGACGCUGUGGAGGAACCACGCACAGUACUGCGACGACGUGGACAACCUGCCGGCGGAGGAGUGCUGCAAGAUCUGCAUGGCGGCGCCGCUGGAGUGCGUGCUGCUGGAGUGCGGCCACAUCGCGGCCUGCACGGCCUGCGCCAAGCAGCUGGCCGAGUGCCCCAUCUGUCGCCAGUACGUGGUGCGCGCCGUGCGCUUCUUCCGCUCCUGAACACUCGUUGUUGUCGCGUUACUUGAUGUUGUCGGAUAUAGAAUAGAAACGUUUUAAUAUCCUUCCAUAAAAUCAUAAUGUUAUCAUGUAGGUAACUGCAAAAUUGCCAUGGUCGUGAUCUGCGUCAAUAAGAGAUCUACAUAAUAAUUAUGCUUGCUGUUUAUAUUUCCGACAUCACGUAGGUGUAGGAAACAUAGCGAUGACGUAGAAAAAUAUAUGGCGCGUCGUUGCAAACCAAAACUGGCGCUAACUACUAUUGCCAGUGACAGUUUCGCUGCAGUAGAGAAAAUGUUUUAGUUUGUACGAUGUUGUGUGUUGAGCCGUCCCCGAGUAACUUGGGCGCCGACCAAUGAAACAAACCGUAGUCGUGUCGCACCUUGCGCCGGCGCAGACAACUGCGUCGCUCGUCGCACGCUAUGCCAAAAGUACAGAACUGAUCUUGUAAAUAAUGUGACUGUUAAUAUUUUUACCAGUUUUCUACAAAUGUAAACUGUUGUUAUGUAUAUUUAAAUUGUCGCUCUGCGCCGUCGUAGCUGUAACACAAUCGAUCGUGUUUACAUAUGUACCGUGAUUUACAAUUUAUGAAGUAACUGAAUGAAUUAUAUUAUCAAUGUGAAAUUCCGAACGUAGUGCAGUAUGGUGUCGUCAUGUAACGCAUACUGUGUCCUCGACCCUCACGAUAUAUUGCUACAUGAAAGUCUGAAUGUAUUCAUAGUUACAUCUGACUCUCCUUGUUAAUUUUGAACAUGUUAUAUUAUUUUGUAUUUCUUAUAGUACAACGCAACUCUCCGAUCUAACAGGGCAGACUGUUCAGACAAUAAGUCAAAACUCGCUACGGAUUUAUCAUUAACUGAGCAUUCGCAGCUGUAGUUAGGUGUAAAAAAUUGUAAAAUUGGUUAGAAAUAGCUCAAAAUUGUUUAUAAAAAACUCGACUAUAGUUGGUAUGUAAAUAGUCAACUUACAUGUGGUGAGCCGAUUGAUGGAUGGGCGCCAUUGUGUUACACAUUGCAUGGUGCGACGGCUUACAGAAGAUAACGUGGAACGCUAUUCAUAUACGGAUGAUAAAACAAAGUUUAUUAAGCACAUCACAUCGUGGCCAGCACAAGUGCGACAUCAUGGUCUGGCCAACCAUCGGUCGGGCCACAACGUGCGCCCUCAUACCGGCUCUCCCUUCAGUCGUGGUGACUGCUAUGUAAACAAGUCUGACCUUCGUUAUUGUGCAUUAUUCACACGGAGGUCCCUGCUAACUAUAGUCGCGUACUGUUUAGUUUUAUUUAUUAUUAAAUUGUUGUUAGUGAGAUAGGAAACGCGGGCUGUGUAAUGCUUCGAGUGAUUCCCUGCGGUGAGGCGCACGUUCGUGAUCCAGUGUCGAGCAAUGUAUCAUUCUGUUGUAUUGUGUCAAUACAAUAUUCAUAUACUAUGUCGAACGAUAUUGUUCACAUGACCUCAUGGUCCAUAUCAUUAUUCGUAUUUAAUAUUUUCUACAAGUAAUUAAUUGGUUAUAUAAUUUAAUAUUUAAAAAAUUGUAUAUUGCCUAAAAGGUUUAGUUACAUUGAACUGGAUCCGACUCGGUAAUGGUGUAACUGUAUGACUGAGUUCCAUGAAGUAUUGUUUAUGUUUGUUUGUAUUAUUUAAGUACAUGUACUAUAAUCAGCGCCAUGUAUCUUUGAAAACGUUCCCCCAGUUGAAUGAAAUACUCGUGGUAUAUCGAUAUAUUUACACCUCGUCUAAUGAAUGUAACAUACGUCCCCAAUAAUCAUGUGUAACGAUGGUAUGUAUUCUGGCACUCGUAUGAGUGUCUGCUAUAUGAGAUACUGAGUCCCCAACUUCACUUAUGUGUAUAUAAAAUAUACGACGAAUAUAUAUGUACUUUAUUUUUGUAAUGUAAAUGCAGAGAGCCAGUCUCUGAGAAUGUUAGCCCACUGACUAUGACGAGAGUCUUCAUACGUAUGGUACAUGUGUGUCGAAUAAAUUCCUUACAGAAAUGAAAACUCCUUAAAUAUCUACAUCUCAGGUUCAGGCAAAAUACCACCAGGCGUGCGUCGUGUCACCUGUCUAAGGAUACAGCCUUACACCCAAAUAUGAACCUUAUUCUAACACAGAACACAAGCUACAAUCUGAAAACUACUAUUAGCCAAAUAAUCUUAAUUUCUCUCUCUCACUUUUAUCGGCUCUGAUCUUACUGACAGCCUUUAUGUAUCGUAUAUAUUAUUGUGCUUAAGAAUAGCCAUUAAUUUCCGACAUACAUACGUAGAUACAGAUCUACUUUAAUAAAUUGAAUUCGUCUAUUUCUGGUUGUGAACUUGGUAAAUUAAAAAAAUACGUAAUUAAUUGCAGGGUAUAGGAAAUAGCUGGGAUCUGUCGUCUAUUUGUAAAUAGGUUUCUCGAUUGCCCUAGAUAGCAACAAACGACACGGUACAUUGUAGAGGUAGUUUCAACAAUCAUACAUAUUUGCAACUUCAAUCUCCAACACAUUGUGUGAUCGACAACCCACGAUGUGUUCUGUGUAGUUUAACGUCUCGUUCUUGUAACUCCUUCAACCUAUUUCCCCGGAGAAGUACUGUAUACUGGCAGAUCUAGUACCAUACGAUGAAACUUUCUUGACAUACUAUGGUAAACGAAGUUCCGUGUAAAUAUGAGUAUUUUCAAUAAAAUUGUAACACAUAGAUAAGUUAAAUACACGGUAAAGCCUU